UGUGGAUAGGGAGAAGCCAACAUCUCCUGCAGGCAGCUCCCAGAGCAUGGAUCCCUCCUGAUUCCACUGUUAGCCCGAUGUUCCUCACAGUCAAGCUGCUCAUGGGCCAGAGAUGCAGUCUGAAGGUGUCAGGGCAAAAGAGUGUAGCCACGCUGAAGAAACUGGUGUCCAGGCGGCUGAAGGUGCCUGAGGAGCAGCAGCACCUGCUUUUCCGCGGCCAGCUCCUGGAGGACGACAAGCGCCUCUCUGACUACUGCAUUGGGCCCAAUGCCUCUGUCAAUGUCAUCGCGCGGCCCUUGGAGAAGAUGGCACUAAAGGAGGGCCACCAGCCCCAGACCCAGCCCCUGUGGCACCGGCUGGGACCAGUCCUAGCUAAACACUUUGAACCACAGGAUGCCAAGGCCGUGCUGCGGCUGCUGAGGCAGGAGCACGAGGAGCGCCUGCAGAAGAUAAGCCUGGAGCACCUGGAGCAGCUGGCCCAGUACCUCCUGGCAGAGGAGGCGCACAUGGAGCCAGCUGGAGAGAGGGAGCUUGAGGCGAAGUCACAGCCUCAGAGCUCCUGCGACAUGGAGGAGAAGGAGGAGGCAGCCCCUGAUCAGUAAACGGGCCAUCCUACCCAUUUGCAUGCUAAAA